GUUGAACCACACCACAACCACACCCCUGCUGAAGCCUCCCUCACGCCGGUACUCACGCAACUGAAGCACACCACGACCACGCCCGUGCUGUAGUCGUUGAGUCUCUCGUCCCCCCCUCUCUGUUUAUCUCUCCCGCUGGCUUUUCCGUUUGUCUCUGUGAGGCUGCUUUGUGGAGAUAUUUGCGACAUUUUAAUCUUGUUGAUGCCAUUCCCAACCCAUCGAAGGAGCAACUAGUAGAUGUUGUGCAGAGGCAUUUCAUGUCACAGGUUGCAGGUGGUGAUGGAACCGCAGGGUGGCUUCUUGGAGUUGUUUCUGAUCUCAAGUUAUCUCAUCCACCAGCAAUUGCAACAGUGCCCUUAGGAACAGGAAACAAUCUUCCAUUUGCAUUUGGCUGGGGGAAGAAAAAUCCUGGGACGGAUCAAAAUGCGGUAAAGUCAUUUUUGCGUCAAGUAAUGGAUGCUAAGGAAAUGAAAAUCGACAGCUGGCAUAUUAUGAUGAGGAUGCGGGCUCCAAAAGAAGGUCCAUGUGACCCUAUUGCUCCUCUGAAAUGGAUAUUUUUUGCUUUCUGUUAUAUGAAUGUUUCUCUUCUUAUUCAGGCUUGCUUAUUCAUGAGAUUGCAAAACCUUGUUAUGUGCAAGCUAAAAAUCAAGGAUUCAAUAUCACAGUGGAGUGAUUUCUAUGACACAUGGAUUGAGAAUUUAGGUUUUGGGAUUUUGAAAAAUGGUUUCGCUAUCUCAUUCUCUAGUUGUAAUUCUGAAAAACCAGUUUCAGAUCUUCUUUGGAUGUUGAUUCAAGCACUUAUUUUUGUGAAAGAAUUAGCUAUGCCUGGAAAUGGAGAGAAAGAGUCAAAUUUGAGCAAGAAAAACGCUCACAAACUCAAUGAUUUAUAA